CUCUUUGGGUACCCAAACUCGACACAUUGAGCUUUUCAAUUUUGAACGUCCAACAGAGACUGGGGCCUGCAAUUUAAAUAACUCUCCCCGUCUGCUUUUGUAGCAAUUCAAACUCUCAAAUGCUGCUACAACCGGGCUCACUUACCCAUUCCAAAUCGGCACGCUCGUCGCACUUAUUGACUUGGGGCCAAUCGAUCCUUUAUCAAUACCGUCACAUUUUCUCCCUCCCAUGAUGGCCAACUCUAAGGAUAUGCCCCCUCUGCCCAAGAGCUUCGGGAAGGUCUUCUGGAACAACCAGUUUAAAGUCAAAAUAGAGGUCCCGAUUCCGAGCAAAUCUCCCAGCUUAAAGGGUAAAGUUGCAAUUGUUACCGGGGCCAACUCUGGCCUAGGCUUCGAGUCAGCGAGGCAGCUCCUAACACUCGGCCUAUCGCAUCUAAUCGUGGCUGUGCGAUCUAUUGAGAAAGGCAAAGAUGCUGCCUCAAAACUUCGCCCGGCCAAUCCUGAAGCAACCAUUGAUAUCUGGACCUUGAAUAUGGAGUCGUAUGACUCCAUCCAGGCCUUUGCCCACAAGUGCGAUAUUGAGCUCUCACGCAUCGACUAUACAAUAUUGAAUGCUGGACUCUCCCCAAUGAAUUUCAGCACAGUUCUUUCUACUGGACAUGAGACUACCAUUCAAGUCAACCAUAUAAGCACAGCUCUACUUGCUAUUCUCCUGCUACCUGUUCUUAAGGCCAAGCAUAUCCGAGAAAAUCCGGCACGACUGACGGUUGUCAACUCUAUCACGGCACACCUGUGCAAAUUCCCGAACCGUGAUCAGCGACCUCUUCUAUCUUCCUUUGAUGACACCAAGAUAACUCUGUGGGAUCCCGAGGAGCGAUACGGCGUGUCAAAGCUUCUUUCUCAACUUUUCUUGGUGAGGCUGGCAGAGCAUGUGAAGCCUGACGACGUCAUCAUUAAUAUGGUCGACCCAGGUCUGACGAAGGGCACAGGUCUGAGUCGGGAUGCGAAGGGUGCAGUCCGAGUAGCCGCAAAAGCGUUCUUCGCAAUCGCUGGCAGGCCCGUGGGCAGAGGCGCAGCUACAUAUAUUGACGCCUUGCUGGGCCACGGGAAAGAGUCCCACGGAUGCUUUCUCAUGAAUACUGAAAUCUCGCCGUAAGUAUGCUCAACUGGCUUCCUCUUGCCCAUUUGAACUCAAGACGAGUGGUCGGAUAUUAGAACAUGACUGACAGUGGCAACUAACGGCAGACUUGCUACUUUCUUCUACACCGCCGAUGGAAAGAUAGCGAGUGAACAAGUUUGGGAGGAGACUAUGAAGGAGCUAAGGUUUGCUCACGUAGAGAAUAUUCUCGUGGCCAUAAGAUAAUUGCAAACAAUAUUAGUUGAGACCUUUAUUUACUCUAGGUGGAAAUUGUUGUCUCUAUUUCAAUUGCGGAGCAAAUUUAGGUGGGCACAGAUCUAUGCGUAUAGUACAGCGUUUGUAAUGAAAAAGAUUAAGCAGGAUGUCUUCACGUCGUAUAUGACUCAUGCCACUCUGAGAUUGCCUGUUUAAUAGCAGGUUUUGCAACCGCUAAGGAAACAAAG